AUGAUUAUCGAGCAUGAACGUCGGGAUUCGGAUUGGGACAGAGUUGUUCCUGUUCCGAUUCCGAAACCUACCGUUAACGGUCGUGUAUUUAUGUCAUCUCUGAAAAACCUAGAACUCCACCUACAACUAAGAAAUGAUCUUGCCAAGCACAUCGCUGUGCGUCCUGGACGAGGAGGCGCGGCAGGGGAAUUGUCUAGUUUGGAGGGUUCAGAUAUGGAAUACGUGGUACUUCCAUCAUCAGAAGGAUAUUAUGAAGAUACAGACUUAGAAGAAGAAGUUGUUCCUGGCCAAAACGAAGAUGGGGUAUUUGAUUAUUAUGGAGAUUACAAUGAUCAAAUCUCAGAUGACUUUGAACAUGCAAUUGAACAUGUUCAUGCAGACGGACAUGUAAGAGAUGAAUAUCAACAUGAUGGAGAUGACGAUGAGGAUUCUGGCGAUGAUGAUGAGGAUUCUGAGGAUGACGAUGAUGAUGUUGAGGCAUAG